UGCACGAGGGCGUCACCUGACCAACGUCUCUCUGGGCGCGGGCACGCGGCGGGAGCUAUGGAGACGUGCGCGUGAUGGGGAGUCCGGGCCCAGGGCAGGAGGCGAUCCGAGUGUGAGGGGAAGUCGCUGCUGCAUGGAGGGUUCCGGGGAUGAGGAUAUCCAGCCGCUCCUUGAUGGAGAGCGGAGGAAAGUUUCAGCAUGCUGCUCAGCUCGAUGCAACUUGGCGAUUUUGGCUUUUUGGGGAUUUUUUGUUGUGUACGCACUACGUGUGAAUCUCAGUGUAGCGAUGGUUGAGAUGUUAGAUGAUAAUGCAACAUCAUUGAAGAAUGGGAGUGUUGAGGCAUGUCCACCACAUUCCAAUUCUACUCAACAAAAUUAUGUGAAAAAGGGCAAGGUAUAUAAAUGGAAUUCAGACAUACAGGGAUGGAUCCUUAGCUCUUUCUUCUUUGGCUACAUCGUUACUCAGAUACCAGGUGGAUAUCUGGCAGGUCGAUUUGGAGGGAAGCUGUUACUUGGCUUUGGCAUACUGGGCACUUCAGUUUUGACCCUCCUGACUCCUCCAGCAGCAGCAUUGAGUGCUUACUGUGUAAUUAUAUUGAGAGUUCUUGAAGGUCUGGGAGAGGGUGUGACCUUCCCUGCGAUGCAUGCAAUGUGGGCUAAAUGGGCACCCCCUCUUGAACGGAGUACACUCCUCAGUUUAUCAUAUGCAGGUGCUCAAUUUGGAACAGUCGUUUCUCUCCCAUUGUCUGGAAUGAUUUGCUAUUACUUAGAUUGGUCAUAUGUAUUCUACAUAUUUGGUGCAUUUGGAGUGGCCUGGUGCCUGAUAUGGUUUGUGAUGAUUAGUGACACACCGGAAACCCACAAAACUAUAUCCAGGGCUGAGAGAGUGUAUAUAAUGAAUUCACUUCGGGGCCAGCAUUCUUUAAAUAAUAAUGUACCCUGGAGAUCUCUAUGGCAAUCUUUGCCACUUUGGGCUAUAAUCGUUCCUCAUUUUUGCUACAACUGGACUUUUUACACAUUAUUAACCCUACUGCCAACAUACAUGGAAGAAAUUCUACAAUUUAACAUUAAAGAGAAUGGCAUUUUAUCUGCCCUACCGUAUUUCUUCUGUUGGAUGGUGAUGAUUACUACUGGGUUCAUUGCUGAUUGCCUGAUAAAAAAUCACAAUUUUACUACAUCUGCUGUUCGUAAAAUGUUUACCAUUAUAGGUAUGGUCGGACCUGCAAUUUUCCUAAUUGCUACAGGUUAUGUGGGGUGUAACUAUACAAUGGCCGUGCUAUUUCUCACAAUAUCUUCUGCCUUGGGUGGUUUCAGCACAUCUGGUUUCAAUAUUAAUCAUUUGGAUAUUGCACCAUCGUACGCAGGAAUUUUGCUUGGAAUCACAAAUACGUUUGCUACUAUACCAGGAAUGGUAGGACCAGUUAUUGCCAAAACCUUGACACACAGUCAUACAAUUGCACAAUGGCGAACUGUAUUCUACAUUGCUGCUGCUAUUGAUAUAUUUGGUGCUGUGUUUUUCACCAUUUUUGGAAAAGGUGAAAUCCAGUCUUGGGCAAUUAAUAACUAAAUAUUUUGCCUGUGACCUUUUGUACUUAAAUCAUGUGACCUAAAAGUGCCUCUGUCCAUUGUUAUAUUGCCAUGUGACCUGGACUUACUCAUUGUCCUUUACAUUGCUGAUCUUUUCUUUUCUUACUGCCAACAAUAGUUAGCAGAUUAUCUAAUUGUAUCCCCCUAUUGUGCUUAAUCCAUGAAUUCUACAACUUUUUAAAAAAAAAGUUAACAAAGUAUUUUUGUGUAAAUUUUAAAUGCUGAAACUGAAUAUGUACAACUUUCAAAAACUGUCCAUAAAUUGGUAAUGAAGGAAUAAAAUAGACUCUUAGUGAAAAA